GCGGAGGCGGCGCCGCCCAGCGGGAUCCGGGCUGGACGCCUCCGGGAGCGCCGCGUCCCGGCCGAGAGGUGCGUUUUUCUGGCCGCUUGGUGGGGGAGGCUCCGGACUGCGGCUCCUGGCGGCGGGGAGCGCAUCCGUCCACCCUCGGCGGAGGGGCGGCCGGCCAGUCCCGCGCGAGCCCAGGGUGUCAGCGGCGGGGCAGAAGGAAGAAAGUUCCUGGGGCUUCUCCGGGGCUGCUGUCCGGGUUGCCUGUCUGGCCGCCCCCUCCUCGCCAAGGCCAUGGCUUCCAAACUCCUGCGCGCGGUCAUCCUGGGGCCGCCCGGCUCGGGCAAGGGCACCGUGUGCCAGAGGAUCGCCCAGAACUUUGGCCUCCAGCAUCUCUCCAGCGGCCACUUCUUGCGGGAGAACAUCAAGGCCAACACGGAAGUUGGUGAUCUGGCAAAGCAGUACAUAGAGAAAGGUCUCUUGGUUCCAGAUCACGUGAUCACCCGCCUCAUGAUGUCAGAGCUGGAGAUGCGGCGCAGCCAGCACUGGCUCCUGGACGGUUUUCCUAGAACGUUAGUUCAGGCCGAAGCCCUGGACAAAAUCUGUGAGCUGGAUCUAGUGAUCACUUUGAACAUUCCAUUUGAAACGCUCAAAGAUCGUCUCAGCCGACGCUGGAUUCAUGCUCCUAGUGGAAGGGUGUACAACCUGGACUUCAAUCCUCCUCAUGUACAUGGGAUUGAUGACAUCACUGGUGAGCCGUUGAUCCAGCAGGAGGAUGAUAAACCUGAAGCAGUUGCUGCCAGGCUAAGACAGUACAAGGACGUGGCAAAGCCAGUCAUUGACUUAUACAAGAGCCGAGGAGUGCUCCACCAGUUUUCUGGAACGGAGACUAACAAAAUCUGGCCUUAUGUUUACACGCUUUUCUCGAACAAGAUCACACCUGUUCAGUCCCAAGAAGCCCACUGAGCCCGCCCAGUGGGAGCACCAGGAGGAUGUGGCCAUUCUUGCAGCUGUACAUGUAGCAUUGGUGCGUCCCAAUUAGAAGCUAGCCGAGAUAGCUCACAGCGUCUUCUCUAGUUUAAAUGGUGAACUGAUAUGGAAACUAAUGAACACAAUAAGAGUUAAUGAAGAGGCUCUUCUCUGCCUUUCAAAAGAAGCAUCACGCACACAUGUUUAAGAUGUCUCUGCACGUGUCGCAAGCCCUUCACAAGAAUGCGAGUACAGGCUGAUUUCAAAUGGUGUAGAACCCAUCACUAGCUGAUUUCUGACGGUCGUGUUGUUGCCGGAGUAGCCUUUUCGCACAUAGUAGU